GUUUCUGCCACAAUUGCACACCAAGUCAGCUGAAACUUUACAUUUGGGGGUUCCUGAACGGUGUGUUUUCUCCUUGCGAAAAUUUUUCGAUUAACUUCCACCAAUUGGUAUAGCAUUCAUAUAACGUUACCUUCCGAUUUUCGGUAUUUUGAAGGUUUCUGCUAAAAAUUCUGAAACUUGACAUAUGGGGUCCUUGAAAGGUCUGUACUCUUCAUGCAAAAAACUUUCGUUUCAGGUCGAUACUUCCCUAUAUUCGAUAUUUUACUGGAUUAUUUCAAUUUUCGUAUUUAAGACAAAAAUUACAUAUACAGGCCCACGUCUGCGUAUAGGUCCCAAUAUAACGGUAUUUUUAUAAUUUUAGCAGAAUUUUUCAAAUGAUUUUUUUUUAAUUUGGAUUUUUUAAAAUUUCCUUUCAAAUGAUGGAGGGUUUUCAUAUAUCGACCGAGUCGAACUUACUGCGAUUUUAGUUUUUCAUAAUCUGCACAAAUUUUCCUUUAAUUUGGAAAAAAAUAAUUUUGUGCACGUAUUUUUAAUUUUAGUUUUUAAUAUAAAAAAAUCCAUUAAAUCCUUUUUUUAAUUUUUUGAUAUUUUAUUUUUAUUAAAAUUUUCAAUUUUUUUACUGUCUUCCCUUAGAUAAAAAAUGUGGAAAAUAAAGAAUAUGAAAUAUUUGUAAAGUUCUUACAAAGUGGAAAGGAAUCACGUACUAUCAGAGGGAUAGAACUUCAGCCUUUGUUGUACCUAAUGCCAUUACACUACGACAUCUACUAUUAUUAUACCGAAACAAUAUCGGCUGCCGUUUGCAGUGGACGUGUCAUAUGGAUGGAAUUCACGAUGCCCAUAUUUUUACCUUCGAAUUUGAUGAAACAGAUGUCCGAGGUUCUUAAUACUUCAAAUGGCGCCCAAUCGAAUCGUAUCCAUUCCAGACAAGUCAAAGUUUUUCAUAGCCAACCAAUACAUAUGGUAUCCCAAUUGCCGGCUGUCAAUAGCAUUGCCCUUGUCGAUGCCUGGGAUGGUGAUGUUGAAGUGAUUUUCAGUUCCAUGCGGCUGUUGAUGUUUUGUAUUUGCAUUUUAAGUGUUUGGAAUUGAAAUAUUAUCAAAUGUAUAUGAGUGCAUUUUAAAAUUGCAAUUUCUAGUCCCUUGGAUAAUUUAUUAAAUUUUGUGUACUUAAAAUAUAUGAUAGUUACACU